AAAAAAAAGAGAGAGAGAGAGAGAGCUUUUCCCUAAUGCUGGCUGCGUGGCCGAUGGAAACCUGAUCGGACGGGAGGGUGGACUUUUUCUCCUCUCUUUAAGAAGGGGGGGAAAAAAUGUCUUCCCCUCCAAACGGGGCAGUUAAUGCAAUAGAGAUUAAGCAGGAAGAUGCCUUGGAAGCUGCAGCUUUCUCCAUGGAGCGGGCGAACGGCUCUGGGACUGAAGAAGGGCUCAAGAGCGAAGCGGUGGGCGCCCCGUACGCCCUGACUUUCUCCCCGGAGCACGUAGCCUGCGUGUGCGAGGCUCUGCAGCAAGGUGGGGACCUGGACAGGCUGGCCCGGUUCCUGUGGUCCCUGCCCCAGGGGGACCUGCUACGUGGCAGCGAGAGUGUCCUGAAAGCCCGGGCUCUGGUGGCUUUCCACCAGGGCAGGUACCAGGAGCUCUACGGGCUCCUGGAGAGCCACAACUUCGAGCCGAGCAACCACGGAGCGCUGCAGGAGCUGUGGUACAAGGCGCGGUACAACGAGGCGGAAAAAGCCAGGGGGCGACCUCUGGGGGCCGUGGACAAGUACCGGCUGAGGAGGAAAUACCCGCUACCCCGGACCAUCUGGGACGGAGAGGAGACCGUCUACUGCUUCAAGGAGAAGUCCCGCAACGCGCUCAAGGAGCUCUACAAGCACAACCGCUACCCGUCCCCCGCCGCCAAACGGAACCUGGCCAAGAUCACCGGCCUGUCCCUCACCCAGGUCAGCAACUGGUUCAAGAACCGGCGCCAGCGCGACCGCAACCCGUCCGAGGCGCAGUCUAAGAGUGAGUCUGAUGGAAACCAUAGCACUGAAGAUGAGUCCAGCAAAGGUCAAGACGAUAUGUCCCCCCAACCCCUUUCCAACUCCGCCGAUGGUGUUUCCAACGUGAACCUCUCGUGCCACAAUGACACGAUAUACAUGCAGCACAUCGGGAAUAAAAUCUCUUUGGGCUCUCCUGGCGUUCUAGUAAACGGGAGCUUGUUAUCUUCAAACACCUCGCCUGUCUUCUUGAAUGGGGGUUCCUUCAUCCAGGGACCCAACGGCGUUCUUCUAAACGGCUUAAAUGUGGCCAAUUCCCAGACUGUGACUUUGAACACCCCCAAAAUGGCGUCCACCAUCGUAACCAACGGUCCUUCAAACGCUGACCUCAUGGGUUCCGCCUCGGAGGAAGUUAAAGACUUUAAGGUUCUACAGCCUGGGAUGACCGACUCCACCACGACGUACGCCGCCAACCUACAAUCUUCUUUCCCCGGGUUAAUACCUACAGCCGAAGUCAAAAGUGAAAAUAUCGAGUCCGUUGCCUCUCAGGAUGGAGGGACUGUGGUUACGUUCACCACCCCUAUACAAAUAAACCCAUACGGCAUCGUUCAGAUCCCAAACUCUGGGGCAAAUGGGCAACUGAUUAACGGAAGUAUUGGCUUCUCAACACUCCAGCUUCCGUCUGUCGCGGUUUCCCAAGGUAACAUUUCGGUCACUCCUGGCACGUCGGAUGGAGGUACCUUCACGAGCGACACGGUGUCACACGGAGAUCAGGGUAAGCUGUUCCUCAGCUCGCUGCCGCCCAGUACGGUCGUCUACACGGUCCCACACGCCAUGAAGCAAGACGGACUGGAGCGAAGCCUCGUGUUCUCUCCGUUAAUGCCCGUCAAUCAAAGCACAGCCCAACUGAACAUUAGCAUGUCUUCAGAAGAAGCCGUGCAGGCGGUGGCGGCCUCCUUAGUGAACGGAACUCAGAAUUUCUCGUUGGCUUCUCCUACUUUAAUAACUGCCUCCGGACAUCUCGCUUCGGUCACUGGAAACCAGUCCGUGGCGCUCAACCAGUCCAUCUCUGCCUCUACGGCCACCACGGCCACCGCGACCGCUACCAGUAACGCCGGCUUUGCGACUCUACCGAACUGUCACUACAUUACGACCCACGACCUCAUGUCUGUCCCACCGACGCAGACCUCCCUGGGGGAUCCUGUUUCCGCCGGUAGCAACAACGCAAACCAUCCGGCCGCGCAAGUCCACCAGGGUUUCGGCGAUCAGAACCACAUCGUCCUGCAGUCCGUGCCCGCCACCAAAGAUUACACGAUUUCACACAGCUCCACGAUAAGCGGGAGCGUCAUGCUGCUGGAUGCGAAAUCAAAGUACGUGGUCGGCAACAUGAUGGGUACGGGGUGCGAAGAACUGGAAUCGGACAAAAAAGAGUUGGCAAAACUGCAGAACGUUGAGAUGGACGAAGAUAUGCAUGAUCUAUAAACUUUUUUUGGGGGGGGGGUUCCAAAUUUUUUUUUUUUUCUUCAAGUUUAAGAUCAAUUUUUUUGUAAAGUAGGCUAAAAUGGCCGUUUUCGUUCACAUUGGUUUG